AUGUCGUCGACGCCGCUGCCGCCGAUGAUGACAUCGACGACGACGCCAGCGACGAGGCGUCGUCGACGGCUCGGGACGGCGGCGGCGGCGGCGGCGACGGCGGCGUUGGCGGCGACGGUCGAGCGCGUCGGCGUGGACGCGUCGACGGCGCUCACGAAGGGGGUGGCGAGGAAUGGUUUCGUGUCGUCGAGCGGGUAUAAGUACUAUAAGGUGAAUGUGGCGUGCGUGGAGGCGGCGCAGCCGCUGACGUUGGAGCUGACGACGAGCAACGGGGACGCGAACUUGUACGUGUCUCGAUCGGCGCAGCCGACGACUUCGUCGUACGAACAGCGGAGCGUGAACGUUGGAAAUGCGUUGGAUUCGGUGACGAUCACGAGUCCGGUGAAUGGGUACUAUUACGUGAGCGUGUACGGCGCGCUGUCCAGCACGUACAAGCUUCGAGCGCUCACGACGAUGUUUACCGGGAAACAUCCGUGCACGGGAUUUCGAAUCACCGAUAGCGACGUCUCGAGCGUUGGCUCGGGAUCUGGAAAUCAGUUCAUACUGCAAGAAGCGCUCACCGCGAGCGCGGCGGCGGGAUUCACCGCGGAUGUGUCCGUCGACGGCGACGUCAUCCUCGGCGACGCGUACACCGAUUCGGUGACGGCGAAAGGAGAGCUCAAGCUCGGCGUGACGGACAGUACGUACUACGCCAUCACGCGACAAUCGCCGAGCGCACCGAGCAGCAACCCGGGCGGCGCUUUGUCGAUCGUCGGCGCGAACGCGACCUAUCAGGGGGGAUCGGUAAAGAUUCUCGGCGGAACGGGCGGUUCGGGGGCGGGCGGCGACGUCGUGAUCGAGGCGGGGUCGGCGUCUGGCGGCAACGGUGGCGAUUUGAAGUUACGUGGCGGCACGUCGAACUCAGGAACGGGCGGCGACGUCGUCAUAGAUGCCGGAGAUAGCACGACACAAGCAUCUUCGUACGAGGGCAUCAUUCACAUAGGUCCAACUUCUGCGUCGUUUGUGCGCGUCGGCGAGAGUUCAAAUAAGCAAGUUCAAACCGAUAUUUUCGGCGACUUGACGGUGCACGGAAAUCUCUUGACAACGAAUGAUGUGGUGUACGCGAACAGCUACACGAGUUACGUGCAGGUUUCAACCUCUCAAGACGGCAUGUUUCAUCAAGAAGUGCGCGCGCCAAAGAUUACAGGUCUGGACGCGGAGGACAUCACGGGCACUCCAACGAGCACGUUGACUUUAGACGCUGGCAUGCGAGGGAGUCAGCAACACGUCGUGAUCGCUCCGAGCGAGGCAACGGCGGUUUACAUAGGUAGCAGCACAUCCACGAUUCCGGUCUCGAUAAGGCAAGGCGCGAACGCAGGAGACGUGCGAGUGCACGCUGAUGGCAGCGGCGCGCUGUCCGUGACUUCGGCCGCAGGGCAGGACCUGACGCUCGCGUCCGGCGACGACGUGGUGGUGACCACCGCGGCGAGUAAGACGCUCGCGCUGAAGCAGGACUCGACGAGCAUUUUGAGCUGGGACGCGGCCGGCGCUGUGACUGUGAACUCCGUGAGCGGGCAGGACCUGACGCUGAGCACGGGCGGUAGCGCGGCCGUGACUGUGGACUCGACCGGGCAGGUGGGCAUCGGGACGACGACGCCGGGGAAGACGCUGGACGUCACCGGGACGGCGCGCGUGAGUGGCGCGACGACGCUGAGUAGCACGCUUGACGUGACUGGCGCUACGACGCUCGCAUCCGUGGGCGUGACCGGUGCGGCCACCGUCGGCGGGACUUUAGGUGUGACUGGCGCUACGACGCUCGCAUCCGUGGGCGUGACCGGCGCGGCCACCGUCGGCGGGACUUUAGGUGUGACUGGCGCUACGACGCUCGCAUCCGUGGGCGUGACCGGCGCGGCCACCGUCGGCACGACGCUCGGCGUGACUGGCGCUACGACGCUCACCGGCGACGUGACGAUGAGCAACGACUUGACCGUGAGCGGUGCGCUUACUGUGACAUCUGAUGCCGCUGUGAGUUUGACCUCUGCAAGUGGUUCGGACGUGAGCUUGACGAGCGCCGGUACGGGUGGCAUCGUGUUGACGUCGACGGACGACAUCACGCUCGAUGCUGCCGAUGAUGUGACGAUCGAUGCCGCCGGUGCUUUGUCUUUGGAGCAGGGCGGGACGAGUAUUUUGAGCUGGACCGACACCGGCGCUGUGACUUUGAACUCCUUAGGCGGGCAGACCCUGAGCGUGUCGAGCCUCAGCUCGGCCGGGAACGCGGGCGCCGUGAGCGUGUCCGGCGGCACGACGACUGGGACGUCCUCGAACACCGGCGGCGACUUGACGCUGCAAUCUGGCGGCGCGCCCGCUGGCAGCGUGAACGGUGACGUUCUGGUGGACUCGGCCACUGGUCUAGGCACCGCCGGCUCGAUCACGCUUCGCCAGGGGGUGGGCGGUGAGCGUGUUUCUGUGGACGCGAACGGCGCCGUGAGUCUGGACACGCACUCCGGGCAGGACCUGACGCUGAGCACGGGCGGUAGCGCGGCCGUGACUGUGGACUCGACCGGGCAGGUGGGCAUCGGGACGACGACGCCGGGGAAGACGCUGGACGUCACCGGGACGGCGCGCGUGAGUGGCGCGACGACGCUGAGUAGCACGCUUGGCGUGACUGGCGCUACGACGCUCGCAUCCGUGGGCGUGACCGGUGCGGCCACCGUCGGCGGGACUUUAGGUGUGACUGGCGCUACGACGCUCGCAUCCGUGGGCGUGACCGGCGCGGCCACCGUCGGCACGACGCUCGGCGUGACUGGCGCUACGACGCUCACCGGCGACGUGACGAUGAGCAACGACUUGACCGUGAGCGGUGCGCUUACUGUGACAUCUGAUGCCGCUGUGAGUUUGACCUCUGCAAGUGGUUCGGACGUGAGCUUGACGAGCGCCGGUACGGGUGGCAUCGUGUUGACGUCGACGGACGACAUCACGCUCGAUGCUGCCGAUGAUGUGACGAUCGAUGCCGCCGGUGCUUUGUCUUUGGAGCAGGGCGGGACGAGUAUUUUGAGCUGGACCGACACCGGCGCUGUGACUUUGAACUCCUUAGGCGGGCAGACCCUGAGCGUGUCGAGCCUCAGCUCGGCCGGGAACGCGGGCGCCGUGAGCGUGUCCGGCGGCACGACGACUGGGACGUCCUCGAACACCGGCGGCGACUUGACGCUGCAAUCUGGCGGCGCGCCCGCUGGCAGCGUGAACGGUGACGUUCUGGUGGACUCGGCCACUGGUCUAGGCACCGCCGGCUCGAUCACGCUUCGCCAGGGGGUGGGCGGUGAGCGUGUUUCUGUGGACGCGAACGGCGCCGUGAGUCUGGACACGCACUCCGGGCAGGACCUGACGCUGAGCACGGGCGGUAGCGCGGCCGUGACUGUGGACUCGACCGGGCAGGUGGGCAUCGGGACGACGACGCCGGGGAAGACGCUGGACGUCACCGGGACGGCGCGCGUGAGUGGCGCGACGACGCUGAGUAGCACGCUUGGCGUGACUGGCGCUACGACGCUCGCAUCCGUGGGCGUGACCGGUGCGGCCACCGUCGGCGGGACUUUAGGUGUGACUGGCGCUACGACGCUCGGCGGGACUUUAGGUGUGACUGGCGCUACGACGCUCGCAUCCGUGGGCGUGACCGGCGCGGCCACCGUCGGCACGACGCUUGGCGUGACUGGCGCUACGACGCUCGGCGGGACUUUAGGUGUGACUGGCGCUACGACGCUCGCAUCCGUGGGCGUGACCGGCGCGGCCACCGUCGGCACGACGCUCGGCGUGACUGGCGCUACGACGCUCGCAUCUGUGGGCGUGACCGGUGCGGCCACCGUCGGCGGGACUUUAGGUGUGACUGGCGCUACGACGCUCACCGGCGACGUGACGAUGAGCAACGACUUGACCGUGAGCGGUGCGCUUACUGUGACAUCUGAUGCCGCUGUGAGUUUGACCUCUGCAAGUGGUUCGGACGUGAGCUUGACGAGCGCCGGUACGGGUGGCAUCGUGUUGACGUCGACGGACGACAUCACGCUCGAUGCUGCCGAUGAUGUGACGAUCGAUGCCGCCGGUGCUUUGUCUUUGGAGCAGGGCGGGACGAGUAUUUUGAGCUGGACCGACACCGGCGCUGUGACUUUGAACUCCUUAGGCGGGCAGACCCUGAGCGUGUCGAGCCUCAGCUCGGCCGGGAACGCGGGCGCCGUGAGCGUGUCCGGCGGCACGACGACUGGGACGUCCUCGAACACCGGCGGCGACUUGACGCUGCAAUCUGGCGGCGCGCCCGCUGGCAGCGUGAACGGUGACGUUCUGGUGGACUCGGCCACUGGUCUAGGCACCGCCGGCUCGAUCACGCUUCGCCAGGGGGUGGGCGGUGAGCGUGUUUCUGUGGACGCGAACGGCGCCGUGAGUCUGGACACGCACUCCGGGCAGGACCUGACGCUGAGCACGGGCGGUAGCGCGGCCGUGACUGUGGACUCGACCGGGCAGGUGGGCAUCGGGACGACGACGCCGGGGAAGACGCUGGACGUCACCGGGACGGCGCGCGUGAGUGGCGCGACGACGCUGAGUAGCACGCUUGGCGUGACUGGCGCUACGACGCUCGCAUCCGUGGGCGUGACCGGUGCGGCCACCGUCGGCGGGACUUUAGGUGUGACUGGCGCUACGACGCUCGGCGGGACUUUAGGUGUGACUGGCGCUACGACGCUCGCAUCCGUGGGCGUGACCGGUGCGGCCACCGUCGGCGGGACUUUAGGUGUGACUGGCGCUACGACGCUCGGCACGACGCUCGGCGUGACUGGCGCUACGACGCUCGCAUCCGUGGGCGUGACCGGCGCGGCCACCGUCGGCACGACGCUCGGCGUGACUGGCGCUACGACGCUCACCGGCGACGUGACGAUGAGCAACGACUUGACCGUGAGCGGUGCGCUUACUGUGACAUCUGAUGCCGCUGUGAGUUUGACCUCUGCAAGUGGUUCGGACGUGAGCUUGACGAGCGCCGGUACGGGUGGCAUCGUGUUGACGUCGACGGACGACAUCACGCUCGAUGCUGCCGAUGAUGUGACGAUCGAUGCCGCCGGUGCUUUGUCUUUGGAGCAGGGCGGGACGAGUAUUUUGAGCUGGACCGACACCGGCGCUGUGACUUUGAACUCCUUAGGCGGGCAGACCCUGAGCGUGUCGAGCCUCAGCUCGGCCGGGAACGCGGGCGCCGUGAGCGUGUCCGGCGGCACGACGACUGGGACGUCCUCGAACACCGGCGGCGACUUGACGCUGCAAUCUGGCGGCGCGCCCGCUGGCAGCGUGAACGGUGACGUUCUGGUGGACUCGGCCACUGGUCUAGGCACCGCCGGCUCGAUCACGCUUCGCCAGGGGGUGGGCGGUGAGCGUGUUUCUGUGGACGCGAACGGCGCCGUGAGUCUGGACACGCACUCCGGGCAGGACCUGACGCUGAGCACGGGCGGUAGCGCGGCCGUGACUGUGGACUCGACCGGGCAGGUGGGCAUCGGGACGACGACGCCGGGGAAGACGCUGGACGUCACCGGGACGGCGCGCGUGAGUGGCGCGACGACGCUGAGUAGCACGCUUGGCGUGACUGGCGCUACGACGCUCGGCGGGACUUUAGGUGUGACUGGCGCUACGACGCUCGCAUCCGUGGGCGUGACCGGCGCGGCCACCGUCGGCACGACGCUCGGCGUGACUGGCGCUACGACGCUCGCAUCCGUGGGCGUGACCGGCGCGGCCACCGUCGGCACGACGCUCGGCGUGACUGGCGCUACGACGCUCACCGGCGACGUGACGAUGAGCAACGACUUGACCGUGAGCGGUGCGCUUACUGUGACAUCUGAUGCCGCUGUGAGUUUGACCUCUGCAAGUGGUUCGGACGUGAGCUUGACGAGCGCCGGUACGGGUGGCAUCGUGUUGACGUCGACGGACGACAUCACGCUCGAUGCUGCCGAUGAUGUGACGAUCGAUGCCGCCGGUGCUUUGUCUUUGGAGCAGGGCGGGACGAGUAUUUUGAGCUGGACCGACACCGGCGCUGUGACUUUGAACUCCUUAGGCGGGCAGACCCUGAGCGUGUCGAGCCUCAGCUCGGCCGGGAACGCGGGCGCCGUGAGCGUGUCCGGCGGCACGACGACUGGGACGUCCUCGAACACCGGCGGCGACUUGACGCUGCAAUCUGGCGGCGCGCCCGCUGGCAGCGUGAACGGUGACGUUCUGGUGGACUCGGCCACUGGUCUAGGCACCGCCGGCUCGAUCACGCUUCGCCAGGGGGUGGGCGGUGAGCGUGUUUCUGUGGACGCGAACGGCGCCGUGAGUCUGGACACGCACUCCGGGCAGGACCUGACGCUGAGCACGGGCGGUAGCGCGGCCGUGACUGUGGACUCGACCGGGCAGGUGGGCAUCGGGACGACGACGCCGGGGAAGACGCUGGACGUCACCGGGACGGCGCGCGUGAGUGGCGCGACGACGCUGAGUAGCACGCUUGGCGUGACUGGCGCUACGACGCUCGCAUCCGUGGGCGUGACCGGUGCGGCCACCGUCGGCGGGACUUUAGGUGUGACUGGCGCUACGACGCUCGCAUCCGUGGGCGUGACCGGCGCGGCCACCGUCGGCACGACGCUCGGCGUGACUGGCGCUACGACGCUCGCAUCCGUGGGCGUGACCGGCGCGGCCACCGUCGGCACGACGCUUGGCGUGACUGGCGCUACGACGCUCGGCGGGACUUUAGGUGUGACUGGCGCUACGACGCUCGCAUCCGUGGGCGUGACCGGCGCGGCCACCGUCGGCACGACGCUCGGCGUGACUGGCGCUACGACGCUCGCAUCUGUGGGCGUGACCGGUGCGGCCACCGUCGGCGGGACUUUAGGUGUGACUGGCGCUACGACGCUCACCGGCGACGUGACGAUGAGCAACGACUUGACCGUGAGCGGUGCGCUUACUGUGACAUCUGAUGCCGCUGUGAGUUUGACCUCUGCAAGUGGUUCGGACGUGAGCUUGACGAGCGCCGGUACGGGUGGCAUCGUGUUGACGUCGACGGACGACAUCACGCUCGAUGCUGCCGAUGAUGUGACGAUCGAUGCCGCCGGUGCUUUGUCUUUGGAGCAGGGCGGGACGAGUAUUUUGAGCUGGACCGACACCGGCGCUGUGACUUUGAACUCCUUAGGCGGGCAGACCCUGAGCGUGUCGAGCCUCAGCUCGGCCGGGAACGCGGGCGCCGUGAGCGUGUCCGGCGGCACGACGACUGGGACGUCCUCGAACACCGGCGGCGACUUGACGCUGCAAUCUGGCGGCGCGCCCGCUGGCAGCGUGAACGGUGACGUUCUGGUGGACUCGGCCACUGGUCUAGGCACCGCCGGCUCGAUCACGCUUCGCCAGGGGGUGGGCGGUGAGCGUGUUUCUGUGGACGCGAACGGCGCCGUGAGUCUGGACACGCACUCCGGGCAGGACCUGACGCUGAGCACGGGCGGUAGCGCGGCCGUGACUGUGGACUCGACCGGGCAGGUGGGCAUCGGGACGACGACGCCGGGGAAGACGCUGGACGUCACCGGGACGGCGCGCGUGAGUGGCGCGACGACGCUGAGUAGCACGCUUGACGUGACUGGCGUUACGACGCUCGCAUCCGUGGGCGUGACCGGUGCGGCCACCGUCGGCACGACGCUCGGCGUGACUGGCGCUACGACGCUCGCAUCCGUGGGCGUGACCGGUGCGGCCACCGUCGGCGGGACUUUAGGUGUGACUGGCGCUACGACGCUCGGCACGACGCUCGGCGUGACUGGCGCUACGACGCUCGCAUCCGUGGGCGUGACCGGCGCGGCCACCGUCGGCACGACGCUCGGCGUGACUGGCGCUACGACGCUCACCGGCGACGUGAGCGUCGGGACUUCCUCGGCUUUGAGUUUUGGUUCUGCAACCCGGCAGAUGAUCAACUUAUAUGGAACAAACAACGCCAUCGGCGUGCAAUCGUCCACGAUGUAUUUUCGUAGUGCUUAUAACUUUGCCUUUUUUGAAGGCGGCGUGUACACCAACACAGAGCUCGAUCCGGGUUCGGGUGGCACUUUGCGCAUGAUGAUUCAGAAAACCACGGGCAACGUCGGUAUCGGGACGGCGAGUCCAGAUUAUGAACUCGACGUGGUAGGCGAUAUCAACUUUUCUGGGAAUCUCUAUCAGGGUGGUUCGCUGUUUGCCUCCCCCUGGACGGAGAGCAGCGGUAACGUGUAUCGCAGUAGCGGUAACGUCGGCAUCGGGCUGACGAAUCCGACCUACAAUCUGCACGUUGCUGGAACGGGGCGCGUUAGUACGACGCUAUCGGUGGGUCAAGAUUUAACCAUCGACACGGCUGGCGACUUGAACUUUGCGGCGACGCAUCGUCAGAUGAUCAACCUCCGCGUCGGCGCCGAGGGUUUCGGGAUCGGGACGCAGAUGGACACGACGUACUUUCGCUCUCCGGGCCACUUUGCGUUCUACGAAGACGGAACGCACAGCACCACUGACUUGGACGCGAACGGUGGCACCGCGCGUCUGGUGAUCAGGAGCGGCGGGAAGGUGGGCAUCGGGCGGACGAAUCCGAGCUAUGAUCUCGACGUGGUAGGCGAUAUCAACUUUUCUGGGAAUCUCUAUCAGGGCGGUUCUCUGUUCCCGUCCCCCUCCCCCUGGACGGAGAGCGGCAGUAACGUGUAUCGUAGUAGCGGUAACGUCGGCAUCGGGCUGACGAAUCCGAGCUACAAACUGGACGUCACUGGAACAGGACACUUCACGGGCGCGACGACGAUCGAUGACCAACUCACCGUUGGCGGUAACGUAUUGAUCCAAAGUACAACCAAUAAGAUUUCGUUUGGCAGCACAGCGCGUCAGUUUAUUGAAACGAAUAACGGUGGAAUCGGAACGCAGUCAAAGACGCUGUAUUUUCGUUCACAGGAUUUUUUCGGCUUUUACAAAAAUGGCGGUCACAACAGCGCCGAUCUGAACCCAGGCGGAAGCGGGACUCUCCUUGUCGCCAUUCGCGGUGACAUCUCUGGUGCUCGAAUGGCGAUUGGAUCUUCAGACACAGAUAGUGGCUACGCUUUUAAGGUCACCGGGUCGGCGCAAGCGACCGCUGCGCUCGACGUAGGCACGACGCUUAAUGUGGCGUCGUACGCGACAAUUCGCGGCGACUUGCGCCUCAAUACCGGUACUCAGCAAAUAAAUUUUGGUACCCAGCACCGUCAGGUUGCUGCGCUCGCGACUGGCGGCAUCGGAACGCAGUCGAACACUGUAUACUUUCGUUCACAGGACUUGUUUGGCUUUUAUAAAGGUGGCGGCCAUAGCUCUACCGCUCUUGAUCCAGGCGGAAGCGGGACUCUCCUUGUCACCAUUCGCGGUGACGUCUCUGGUCCUCGAUUAGGAGUCGGAGUCACGAAUCCCUCCUACGCUCUCGAAGUCAAUGGAGCGGCGCACGUGUCUGGCGCACUGAGCAAGGGAAGUGGCUCUUUCAAGAUCGAUCAUCCACUUCCUGAAAUGAAAGACACGCAUAAUUUGUAUCACUCCUUCAUCGAGGGACCACGGGCGGAUCUCAUCUACAGAGGCAAGGUUCGUUUGCAGAACGGUAGGGCGAUGAUAGACAUCGAUGCCGCAUCAAACAUGACGACAGGGACAUUUGAAGCACUCAAUCGCGACGUGCAGUCGUUCACGUCAAAUGAAAGCGACUGGGACCCCGUCCGAGGUUCUGUCGUGGGCAACGUCCUCACCAUUGAGUGUCAAAACCCCACUUCGACGGCACUCAUCAGCUGGCUUGUCAUCGGUGAGCGUCACGAUCAGCACAUGUACGACACAGAUUGGACCGAUGAAAACGGUCGUGUCGUUCCGGAACAAUUGAAAAAGAGUGCGACGACGUGA